GCAGUUUUUCUUGACCGACAAGCGACGCACCGGCACACUUUGCUCACGACCAUGAAAUCGGAUGAGUUGUUCUCUUUUUUGCAGCCAAUUGCGGCGAGCGAGGUUGUCGUUGAUACAAACCUCACGGACAACGAGUCAAGAAAUGAGCUCAAGCGCAGGGCGGGCUCUCCACCUCCCUUCUCUGCUUCGGCGAAUGAUGCGGAUAUUCCUUCGAAAGUUGAUGGUUCGGCCAGUGGUCCCUCUUACAAAAGGCGCCGUCAGUCCUCAACGAACCUCUUUGUACUUGAUGAAGUCGAGAUAGACUCAAUGCGCGAAGUUACUAGUGAUCGAGGUUUACAAGGGCCAGUUGAGGACGGUACACGGAUUGAGCUUCGUCAUCAGGUUCGCCAUCAAGUCGCGGUUCCCUCGACAUAUCCAUAUGUCCCUAUUUCACAGCACGUACCUCCUACAAAACCGGCUCGGAAUUUCAAGUUCAAUUUGGGUCCGUUUCAACAAGUGUCGGUCCACGCUAUUCAGCGUAAUGAGAGCGUCCUCGUUUCUGCACACAUGAGUGCUGGCAAGACAGUGGUUGCCGAAUACGUUAUCGCUCAGUUUCUGCUGAAUAGGCAAAGGGUCAUUUAUACAAGUCCGAUCAAGGCAUUGAGCAAUCAGAAAUAUCGGGAUUCUCAAGUCGAGUUUGAAGACGUGGGACUGAUGACCGGCGACAUCACCAUCAAUCCCUCUGCUUCGUGUCUCGUCGUGACGACUGAAAUCCUACGGUCGAUGCUCUACCGAGGCUCCGAGAUAAUGCGUGAAGUUGCUUGGGUUGUAUUCGACGAGAUACACUAUAUGCGCGAUAAGGAGCGUGGCGUCAUCUGGGAGGAGACCAUUAUCCUUCUCCCGCAUACUGUGCGCUAUGCUUUCCUCUCAGCGACAAUUCCGAACGCUAUGCAAUUCGCCGAGUGGGUCUGCAAGUUGCAUGACCAGCCAUGCCACGUAGUGUAUACCGAUUUCCGUCCCACUCCUCUGCAGCAUUACCUCUUCCCCUCUGGUGGCGAUGAGAUUCACCUUGUGGUGAAUGAGAAAGGAGAAUUCCGCGAAGAUAAUUUCAACACGGCGAUGGGGAUGAUCCAGCAAGAGCGGGGUGACGACCCCGCUAAUUAUGAGAGCGGAACGUCUCGCAAAGCAAAUUCUCGGAAGGGGACCGAGAAGAAGGAACCUGCAGACAUACAGAAGUUUUUGCGAACCAUUAUGGCCAGGCAUCAUGAUCCUGUCAUCGUCUUCGCCUUCAGCAAGCGAGAGUGUGAGGAUCUCGCACUGACAAUGUCGAAUGUCGACUUCAAUGAUGCUGGGGAGUUGGAAAGUGUGGCAGUUGUGUUUGCAAAUGCCAUUGAUGUUCUUUCUCCAGACGAUCGCGUGUUGCCCCAGAUCACAAACGUCCUUCCACUCCUCCGUCGCGGAAUUGGAAUCCACCGCGGGGGGCUCCUCCCGAUUCUGAAGGAGGUGGUCGAGCUACUCUUCCAAGAUGGCUUGAUCAAAGUUCUCUUCGCUACGGAGACGUUCUCGAUAGGCCUCAAUAUGCCUGCCAAGACCGUCAUCUUCACCACUGGGCUCGAUGAUCGUGGCGUUGUCGUUCUAAUGUGCGAUAAGAAGCUCGAACCUCCGGCUGCGAAGGAGAUGAUCAAGGGUCAAGCAGAUUGCUUAAACUCCGCCUUUCGUCUUGGGUAUAAUAUGAUCCUGAACCUAAUGAAGAUGGAGGGCAUCACUAUGGAGUACAUGCUGGAACGAAGCUUUUAUCAGUUCCAGAACUGUGCCCGGAUACCGAUCUUAGAACGAGAGUUAUGGCAGGAAGAGGAUCGGAAGAGAAUGAUUACGAUUCCGGAUGAGUCGCUCGUGGCAGAGUACUCUGAAUAUAGGCAGCAAUUGGACCAGCUGGCUGCUGACUUCAAAACCGUGAUCACAGACCCCGCUUAUAGCCUGCCUUUUCUGCAGCCAGGACGGCUGGUGAAGGUCAAGCAACAGGAAGACGACUUUGGGUGGGGAGUCAUCAUCAGUUGUCAGAAGCGCAGGAAUCGACCGGCGUUCAACCCCGACAAACUGCCUGCUAAUAAGCAGUACAUUGUUGAUGUUCUCCUUGCAUGUGAUGACAAGUUGGAGGUGUCGAAGGAUCGCAGCGCGCUGUCUGCUCCCAACCAUGUUCGUCCUCCACCUCCAGGGCACUGCGGUGUGCCGCUGGUGGUGCCGGUGCUGUUAUCCACAUUGUAUUCCAUCAGCAGACUGCGUGUCUAUCUGCCGAAGGAUCCAAAGUCACUUCAAGCUCGAGAAUCUCUCUACAAGAGCGUCCAGGAGAUUCACCGAAGAUUUCAGGAUGGCAUUCCUCUUCUUGAUCCGGUUAGUGACAUGGGCAUCACUAAUGAGAAGUUCAAGGUCCUGGUGAAGAAAAUCCACGUCCUGGAGAACAAGUUGUCCGAUAGCAAGCUUCAUGGUGACAGCCGUCUCCCCGGUCUGUAUGCUCUAUAUACAAAUAAAAUGAGUGCCAGGAGCGCAUCCGCGAACUCAGAAAGAACAUACAAGCCACAAGAGACGUCGUGCAGAUGGUCGCGUCGCAUGGCUCCUCUUCAAUGGCGUCUUCACUACGUUUCUCCGGAGCAAUGUGCUGCCCUAUUGAGCUGCUUUGUGUUUGCAGAGAAGAGCAGCCAAGUCACGAAGCUCAGGGGUGACUUGGCGCGGCCGCUUCGCGCUAUGCAGGAGAUUGCGCGGCGAAUUGCAAGAGUAUCUAUCGAAUCAAAACUCGCCAUAGUUGAAGACGAGUACGUACAAUCCUUCAAGGUAGAACUCAUGGAUCCGGUCAUGCAAUGGUGUCGCGGCGCCUCGUUCGCCCACAUUUGUAAGCUCACUGAUCAGUUUGAGGGUAACAUCAUUCGCGUCUUUCGGCGUCUGCAAGAGUUGACCCGACAGAUGAGGCAAGCGGCCAGAGUCAUUGGUAAUGUCGAGCUUGAGGAGAAGUUUGAGGAGGCUUUGGAGAUGUUGGAGCGUCCGAAUUCUGUAAUCUUCUGUUCCUCCUUAUAUUUGUAGAUUACUCCUGGAGAUGCCAAUAAGAAUUUCAUUUCCCC